AUGAGAGCAAUCAGUGGAUUGUGGGAGAACGUAAGGGCAGAGGCCAAUCGUCAGCGCUUCGAGGAAUGGGAGGCGGCGGAGCAGCGCCGGGUCAAAGCAGCGCUCAACGAGGCUGUAAACCUUUCUGAGCAAAAACUGCAAGCGCGCCAGCUUGGGCUUGAUUCCGAGAUCGCCUCCCUCGACGACCCGGACACGGAUGGCAGUGUCAACGACGACCCACUCGACGACGACUCACAAUCUGACACUGCCGAUACGCGGAUUUCAGACCUCACAGACAGCGACAACAUGUCAACAACAGACGAUGACGAACCUGACGCAGCGGAUGCCGAUGUGGCAGAUGAAGUGCUCACCCAGGAUCAACUCCGUGUCAAGUAUGCAGGCGCCAACAUCAAGUCAGCUUCUCCCACGGAUGCCAACAUUUCCACGAAACUUGGCACCAGUGUAUCUAGCGACGAGUCGGUGGACAUGGAUGACGACCUGGGUGAAUCAGACCAGAUAGAGGACAGUGAUGCUGUCAAUGAAGGACGCAGAAACGGCACAAAUGCCCAUAGCGAAGACAGCGACAGUAGCGAUGAUGGCCACGACGACGGUGCACCAAAUGGCCUGCUGAACAUGCUGUUCGAUGACUCCGAAUUAAAAGAGCUCUCCGCUGAAGCACCCGGAACGGAACAUAUGACAGGAGCACCUGAAGUAGGCAACGACGGCACCUCAUCGGGCCCGGCGCCGGCCUCGACACGUCUCGACAGUGCUCCUGACGAACAACUCAACUUGAACACCUCUACGGAAGGCGAUGUGCCAGGUUCAACUGUACUGCACGAAGAGUCCGAGAAGCCUAUACGUCAAGAGACCACACCUGAUGCAAAGUCGACGAUGGACUAUGAACAAGAUCAAGAUAAAGCACGGCUCAUACCCGAAGAAUCACAUAAACAGACCACCGAGGUGCCUUUCUUACUGCGAGGAACCUUGCGUGAAUACCAACAUCAGGGUUUGGACUGGCUCGCUGGACUUUACGCCAAUAACACAAACGGUAUCCUGGCAGACGAAAUGGGACUUGGCAAGACCAUACAAACUAUUGCCUUGCUUGCUCAUCUCGCGUGUCAACACGAGGUCUGGGGGCCACACUUGGUGGUUGUCCCUACAAGUGUGAUGCUGAACUGGGAAAUGGAGUUCAAGAAAUGGUGCCCUGGUUUCAAAAUCCUGGCCUACUACGGGUCUCAGGAGGAACGGAAACGGAAGCGACAAGGGUGGAACAACGACGACAUGUGGAAUGUGUGCAUUACGUCGUAUCAAUUGGUGCUCCAGGAUCAGCAAGUCUUCAAGCGUCGUCGUUGGCACUACCUGGUUUUGGACGAGGCGCACAACAUCAAGAAUUUUAAAUCGCAACGGUGGCAAACACUCUUGGGAUUCAAUACGCAAGCAAGACUCCUUCUCACAGGCACGCCUUUGCAGAACAAUCUAACAGAGUUAUGGUCCCUGCUGUUCUUUCUCAUGCCCGCUCAAAAUGGUGUGGGGGGGUUCGCCGACCUUGAAGAGUUUCACGACUGGUUCCACAAGCCCGAGAGUCAGAUUCUGGAGAAUGGACGAGAACAGAUGGAUGACGAGGCUCUAGCCAUCAUCUCCAAACUCCACAAGGUGCUGCGGCCGUACCUCCUGCGCCGGCUGAAAGCGGAUGUUGAGAAACAGAUGCCCGGCAAAUACGAGCAUGUCGAAUUCUGCCGACUGUCGAAAAGGCAACGCGAGCUGUACGAUGGAUUUUUAUCCCGAGCUGACACCAAAAACACCUUAGCGUCUGGCAACUACAUGUCUAUCAUCAACUGCCUGAUGCAACUGAGGAAGGUCUGCAACCACCCAGAUUUGUUCGUCGAUCGGCAAAUUGUCACCUCCUUACGAAUGCAGAAAUCUGUCCCGGCUCUUUACCGAUCGACCGUACGAACGCUGACCCAGGGGCUCUUGAGGCCGGAACCCAUGUCAAAGGUUGACCUAGGAUUUUUGAACCUGGUGCCGGCGCAAUACGAGAGCAUUCCGAGAGCUGUAGCUGAACAGGUCGCAAAACUGAGCCUGUCUACGGAUUUACUGGACUACCGUGAAACGCAAAGAGUCCGGGCUCGAAAUGCAUACGUCAAUCUGGACCCAACCACUGUCACAUCCAGUAUUGUUUACAUUGAAAGUGCGUUUCGCUGGGGUCGAUUCGAAGAGUUGCAACACUGUGUAUACCUGAAUGCACUGCGGCGCCAGCAAACUCCCAUAUACGGCAAGGAUCUUGUUGAACUGUUGACAAUCGAUGCCGGGGAACGACUUCGGAAGCCUAGGCCCAAGGCUGCUCGGGGCCUCUUGGCCUGGUUCGAGCAAACAUCGUCAACAGUCGGCUCUAUGGCUCUCUCUCUAGAACAGCGCGCAGAGAGCAUGCGCACCGCCAUCGAGAAGUUCUCAUGUGUCACUCCGUCUGUGGUGACCUGUGACAUUGGAGAAGUCGUCCUCGGCCAUCGCGCGGCCCAUGCCUUUACAGAACGAGAUCUCCAAAUCUCCAAGCCCAGGAAGUGGACACCAUGGUUGGAGAAGCAGUCACCUCCGGAUCCCUGGCAUGAGGCACGACUGCGUCUCAGUAUUCAGUUUCCCGACAAACGUCUCCUGCAAUACGACUGCGGCAAAUUGCAGGUUCUCGAUCGCUUGCUACGCAAGCUCCAGGCCGGCGGGCAUCGUGCCUUGAUCUUUACUCAAAUGACCAAGGUGCUCGAUAUACUAGAACAAUUCCUCAACAUCCAUGGCCACAAGUAUCUGCGACUUGAUGGUGCCACGAAAGUCGAACAACGUCAGAUCCUGACGGAUCGAUUCAACAAUGACCCACGGAUCCUUUGUUUCAUCCUCUCGACGCGCUCCGGUGGGUUGGGCAUCAACUUGACUGGGGCGGAUACUGUCAUAUUCUACGACCAGGACUGGAACCCUGCCAUGGAUAAGCAGUGUCAGGACCGAUGUCAUCGAAUUGGCCAGACACGAGACGUCCACAUCUAUCGACUCGUCAGCGAGCAUACCAUCGAGGCGAACAUCCUACGCAAAGCCUCCCAGAAACAGAUGCUUGACGACGUCGUCAUACAAGAAGGUACAUUCACUACAGAUGCUUUCAACCAGAUGUCUGUGCGUGACUUGCUACGGGAGAAGGUGGACACUUUCAGUGAAGGUGUUUCUGCGGCUGAUGCCGCUCUUGAUCGCGUCCUUGGCGGUUCUGAUGGCGACGCCAACCAGCGCAAAGUUGGUCGCGUUCUCGAGCAGGCUGAAGAUCGCGAAGACAUCGAUGCAGCUCGCGUCGCGGAGAGGGAGAUCGAGGCCGAUGACGCUGAUUUUGUGGAAAAUACCAGCCUUGUGACCCCUGAAGAUUCGACUGGUCGCAAUGCCACAUCUGCUGUUCGCGACAUUGACACGGAGGGCCAGGCCACUGAAGGCAGCAUGCAAGACCCCAAUGCUUGGGGAGCUCCGAUGGGGACAAUUGAUGACUUCAUGCUCCGAACGAUGGCUGAUGCGGUGAAGGGCACGAAGCUGGAGUUGCCUCGGGACAAGAAAAAGGGCAAGAAAAAGGGUAGGGAUACCAGAAAAAGAUAA